UCAUUUAAGUGAAUCAUAACAGCGUGUUCCUCUGUGCGCGCGUGCUCCGGACUGCUCCUUUCAGAACUGGAGACCUCUCUCUUUGUUGGACAUCAUGAAACUCUCGCCAGUUUUCCGCCACGCGUGCGCACGAGCCGGGACUCCAUGGAGAACGUUCAGCCCCCGGAAAAGCUCGGUACCGGUGAACAGGACGGGGUUCUGGUUGCCGGUUCGGCGCGCGGCGUCCAGCAGCAUCGGUGGUACCGGAGCUUCAGAACUUUCACCGGCUCUCGGCUUCCACACACCGCGCGAGAACAACAGCGGCGGGUCCGCGAGCGAAAAUAUCAUCCGGGAGAUCAUCCAGAGGAGCAGAGAGGAGCUCGCUGCCGUAGUGAAAACCCACCCAGGAAUCAGACCCACCCUGGCCAUCGUACAGGCAGGUGAAGAUGACGCUUUACUGGACAUCAAUAAGAAGAUGGCGGGAAAGGUCGGCCUGAACGUGACGCAGAUCUGUCUGCCGAGCGGCUGCACACAGGACGAGGUCGUAGAGGAGGUGCUGAGGCUGAACGAAGAUCCGAACGUUCACGGCGUGUUCCUGUGUCUUCCUCCUUCGUCCCUCUCCCGCAGAGUGCUCGACUCCAUCAAACCCGAGAAAGAUGUGGACGGGGUUUCAGAUCUGAACGUGGGCCGUCUGGUGUCAGGAGCUCUGUCUGACUGCUUUCUCUCACCUGUAACAGGUGCAGUUCUGGAGCUGCUGGGCAGACACGAUGCUCCUCUGGCUGAGAAGAAGGCGGUGCUGGUCGGUCUGGACAGGCCACUGAACACCAUCCUCCAGUGUCUGCUGCAGAGCGAGGGUAUGGAGGUGCAGACCAGCCGCUGGAGCUCAGACAGGCUGCAGAAGCAGUUGAAGCAGGCUGACGUGGUUGUGGUGAUGGGAGCCGAACACACCGCGCUCCCAAACCUGUGCUUCAAACCCGGAGUAACUCCCAUUAACUGCGGCCCUGCGUUAAUACCAGCUCGUGAGAAGAAGCCGGAGGCUGAAUCCUGGCCAGAUGUUGGACGUAUAAGUGCGGCUCUCAGGAUGCAGAACGUGGUGAGAAGCAGUAGGAGGUGGGUGGAAGGACGGAAGUAUCGGCCGUGGACGCUCCGCCCCCUGAAGCUCCAGCCGCUGUCUCCCGUGCCCAAUGACAUUGAGAUCUCCCGGGCUCAGACUCCGAAGCCCAUAGUGCAGCUGGCCGAGGAAAUCGGCUUGUUGCCGGAAGAGUUGGAGGCGUACGGCCGCUCCAAAGCCAAGGUUCGGCUCUCGGUACUCAAACGCCUGCAGCAGCAACCUAACGGCAAAUACGUCCUCGUGGCAGGCAUCACGCCGACUCCUCUUGGUGAAGGGAAGAGCACAGUGACAAUCGGUCUGGUCCAGGCUCUCUCUGCUCAUCUCAAACUCAACUCCUUUGCCUGCCUCAGACAGCCGUCUCAGGGUCCUACAUUCGGAGUCAAAGGUGGAGCAGCAGGUGGAGGAUACGCUCAGGUCAUCCCUAUGGAGGAGUUUAAUCUCCACUUGACCGGUGACAUUCACGCCAUAACGGCGGCGAAUAACCUGGUGGCAGCAGCCGUGGAUGCCCGAAUCCUGCACGAAGCCACCCAGACUGAUAAGGCCCUGUAUAACAGACUCGUGCCAUCCGUUAAUGGAGUGAGACGCUUCUCUGCCAUCCAGCUGGGGCGACUCAGGCAUCUCGGAAUCAACAAAUCCGACCCCGGCACCCUCACACCCGAGGAGGUCCACGCCUUCGUCCGGCUCGACCUUGACCCUGCAAAGGUCACUUGGCAGCGAGUGGUGGACACCAACGAUCGUUUCCUGAGGAAGGUCACGGUCGGCCAGGCGAGCACCGAGAGAGGACACAGCCGGCAGACUCAGUUCGAUAUCGCAGUGGCGAGUGAGAUCAUGGCGAUUCUGGCUCUGACUGACGGUCUGGCUGAUAUGAAGAGCCGUCUGGGCCGCAUGGUGGUGGGCAGCAGCAGGAAAGGGCAGCCAGUAACAGCUGAUGAUCUCGGUGUGACUGGAGCUCUGGCUGUGCUGAUGAAAGAUGCCAUCAAACCCACCCUGAUGCAGACGCUCGAGGGCACGCCGGUGUUCGUGCACGCCGGGCCGUUCGCCAACAUCGCCCACGGAAACUCGUCAGUGCUGGCGGACCAGCUGGCUCUCAAACUGGUCGGAGAGGACGGCUACGUGGUGACGGAGGCAGGUUUCGGAGCAGACAUCGGCAUGGAGAAGUUCUUCAACAUUAAGUGCCGUGCCUCCGGACUCACGCCUGACGCCGUGGUGUUGGUCGCCACCAUCAGGGCUCUGAAGAUGCACGGAGGCGGUCCGAACGUAACAGCUGGAGUGCCGCUCCCAAAAGAAUACACCGAGGAGAAUCUAAAGUUGGUCUCGGAAGGCUGCAGCAAUCUGAAGAAACAGAUCCAGAUCGCUCGUCUGUUCGGAGUCCCCGUGGUGGUGGCUCUCAACGCCUUUAAGACCGACACGGCGGCCGAGAUCGAGCUGGUGUGUCGUACGGCCGAGGCUUCAGGGGCGUCGGCGGCCGUGCCGUGUCAUCACUGGGGGCGGGGCGGACGUGGCGCCGUGGAGCUGGCGCACGCCGUGAGGGAAGCAACAGCACAGAAGAGCGAUUUCCACUUCCUGUACAGCCUUCAGACCCCCAUCGUGGAGAAAAUCCGCACUAUCGCGCAGAAGGUUUACGGCGCCGAUGACAUCGAGGUAUCGUCUGAAGCACGAGCUAAAAUCGAGUAUUACACGCGACAGGGCUUUGACGCGCUACCCGUCUGCAUGGCCAAAACCCACCUGUCUCUCUCUCACAUGCCAGAGAAAAAGGGCGUGCCCACCGGCUUCGUCCUGCCAAUCAGAGACGUCCGUGCCAGCGUAGGGGCGGGGUUUAUUUAUCCGCUGGUUGGAACAAUGAGCACCAUGCCCGGUCUUCCUACACGACCCUGUUUCUACGACAUCGAUCUCGAUCCGGUAACCGAGGAGAUAUCGGGGCUCUUUUAAGCGUCCGUGUGACGCAGGUACAGGUGUAGCUGUGUCGGGGUGACGGCGAUGGGGACGGUGACGGUUCGAGCGGCCCGGAGCAGACGUACCGACCCUGCCUUCAGGGCGAAUCGUGAACCGGGCGUCCCCGCAGACGCACCUAUACACCGUCUGUCAUUUUUAAUGCGUUAUUCACUCGUUUCAUUAUACAAACAUUGCAAAGGCCGAGAGAACUCUAGUUUCUUUUUUUCUUUCUUCUUUUUUUUGUCCUUUAUAAACUUUUGUUUAGAUUUCACACUUAACGGGAGGUUCUUUUAUUUAUUUAUUUUUUUAAAAACCUUUUUAACAAAUCAUUUUUCAUCCUUUUUUUUUUUUUUUUUUUUUUUUUUUUUUUUUCCCAGACAGCGAAAACUCCAUGCGAUCUUUGGUUUGCAGUUCUUUAGUUUAGUUCAGGAAGUAAACGAGUUCAGAUUUCACCCUGGGAUGGAGUUUAUUUUGACCGGGUUUUGUGUUUUUAAAUCCAGUUUAUAGAGCUGAUCAGAUUUUAUAGGCUUUCGAGAGAGCCGGGGGAAAAAAACCAAAACAAAAACAAACCGGAGUUCCUGUCUGAAUGUAAUCAUCUGUGUUUUUGUUCUUUGAAUUGAGUCUGGACGUUUAUUUAUUUACUGCCUUUUACGUAACCGCCGCCGUUACGUCGGCCCGUGCCGUGACGUGCUUUUGUAUGUCGUGUAAUAAAUUGGAAUAACCACU